CAGUUUCACUUCCUUCCUUUUCUUCGCCAACGAAGGAGAAAGAAGAGGAGAACCUUCCCAGACCGGUAGAAGAAAGGCAAACUGUCCAGAAUCAGAAACUGCGUCUUCCGUCGGAAAGAUGCGGACCCCCGAGCGCACACCGUGGUCUUUGCUUUGGUUCACCGGAUCGGUAUUGCUUGUGGCAGGUUACACUUCCACGCAAGAAGAGGUGCCUCUGCUCCCCACAAAUGGGCCGCGGUUCCUGACUCCCACAUUGUGUUCAGAGGAUGAGGGCUCAGUGGCCGUUCGUUGCCCCCACAGGAAACAAAUGGGUGACGCUGUGCCCUCCUUUACCAAAAUGACACCCACGACUCGCCGCAACUCCACAACGACGCAUCGCCCCAUGACUCCACCCCCAAAAGCAACCAAGUCCCACCACCCCAUCAGCGCCACGUCCCCUCAUCACAAAAACCACACCACGCAGCAUCCAACCACGACCCACCGACCCCAACCCACCACUUCACCCCAUCACAACACCACGGCCCAUACCACCCAGCACCAGACCACAGUCCACCCCCACAACCAGACCACGUCCCACCAAUCCCAUCCCACCCCUUCGCCCCACCAUAACACCACGGCCCACCCACGCAACCACACCACGGCCCACAGCCCCCCCACCACAGCCCACUCCAACAGAACCACAGCACCCACCGUUCUCACCACAUUGCACCACAGCACCCUGACCCCCCACCCCACAUUGACACCCUCCAUCCUUGUGGGCGAUUACAUGGUCAGGAAUAAGACGGACGUCUGCCUCCGAGCCGAGAUGGGGCUGCAGAUGAAGGUCCGCUACACAGGGAAAGCAAAGCAACAGGUCUGGGGAGACUUUGCCUUGCAACCCAACCAGACCAACGCCUCGGGGUCCUGCCUGGACAAGGAUGCCAUGCUCAACCUGCAUUUCCCGGAGGGUUUUCUCUCCUUCUUUUUCACCAAGAACGAAACUCAAAACACCUACUACCUGAGCCGAAUUCAAGCCAACCUGACGUACCAGUUCCCAGAGGCAACAGAGAGGUCCUUUGGAGCAAGCAAUGCCUCCCUCCAUGAGUUCGAGGUCCACCUGGGCCACUCCUACCAGUGCCGAAACCGGAGCCUGGCCCUUUCCGAAGGCUUUCGCCUGAACGUCCUGCGGGAACGCAUCCAGGCCUUUGGGCUGCCUGCUGGGAAAUUUGGGGAAGCGGAGGUCUGUCUGGAGCAGAGGCGCUCAAACACUUUGCCCAUCGUGGUGGGCGUGAUCCUCGGCCUCCUCAUCCUCAUCGUCAUCGUGGCUUUCUUAGUUGGACGGCGGCGGAAACACUCUGGGUACCAAACCCUCUAAGGAAUCUUCUUCGGAUCUUGCCUUUUUCUGGAGCAAUGCCUGGGCCAAAGGAGACUUGAGAAAAUUUGGAGAGGUGGGGGUCUUCCUUAUCCUUGCAACAACUGUCUUCGGUGACAAUUAAUGUGAUCUGCCUCUUAAUUAUUCCCUCAUGCUCAUCUUAAUUCUGCUUAAUUACAUGGGAAACCAAAGCCAAAGGAUAGAGUUUACAUACAUCAAAAGUUUGUUACCGGAGAAAUCAUGAUAUGUUCACUAUGACAGAAAACAUGGAUUGUUGAACAAAAAUGGCAGAGGGACUGAACUAGAUGUCCCCCUGAAGCCCCUUCCAACUUCAGUGAUUCUCCAUAAAGCAUUACUCAUGGAGACACAGCUCUCUUAGGACAGAGGCCUUGGGCUCCAUUGGAGAGGUCAGUUUCUUCUUAGAGAGAAAGGGGGGGGGGAGUUAAAUUAUAGCAGAGAAGCCAGGGCUCCUGACCUAUGGACAUCCCCUCAAGAGGGAGUCCCAAAGAGUAAGCUCAGGGCAAACAAAAGUCUUACUUCUGAGCAAAUGAUCAGCUGUUUAAGGGAAUGAUUCACUUUGACUGUAGGAAACAAUGGGUCCAGAACUGUUUCCUCUUUUCCCCACCAAAUCAUAGUAAGAAUGAAUUGGCUCAUAUGCAUUCGAUAUAUCCAAAUGUCCUUUUUCCUUUAUCUUUUCCUUGUUCCCGCCUGGAGCUCUGUUCAUCUGCCCUCUUCUGUGAAUCCUUUCCACCUGUAAUUGUCUCUGAAUCCUUGAGAAUGGGCACUGGAUUGCUCACAAAUAAAUAAAAGAAGUGAGAAUAUCUGAA